GGCCCAGCCGCAGGAUGCGCGCCCCGCCGCUGCUGCUGCUGCUGGCCGCCUGCGCGCCGCCGCCCUGCUCCGCCGCCGCCCCGACGCCUCCGGGCUGGGAGCCGGCGGCCGACGCGCCCUGGUGCCCCUACAAGGUGCUGCCCGAGGGCCCCGAGGCGGGCGGCGGGCGCCUGUGCUUCCGCAGCCCCGCGCGCGGCUUCCGCUGCCAGGCCCCGGGCUGCGCGCUGCACGCCCCGGCCGGCCGCUCCCUGCGCGCCAGCGUCCUGCGCAACCACAGCGUCCUCCUGCAGUGGCACCUGGCCCCGGCCGCCGCGCGCCGCGUGCGCGCCUUCGCGCUCAACUGCUCGUGGCGCGGCGCCUACACGCGCUUCCCCUGCGAGCGCGUGCUGCUCGGGGCCUCCUGCCGCGACUACCUGCUGCCCGACGUGCACGACGGCGUCCUCUACCGCCUGUGCCUGCAGCCGCUGCCGCUGCGCGCCGGGCCCGCCGCCCCCGCGCCGGAGCCUCCCGAGCCCGCCGAGCCCGCCGAGUGCGUGGAGUUCACCGCCGAGCCGGCCGGCAUGCGGCACAUCGUGGUGGCCAUGACGGCGGUGGGCGGCUCCAUCUGCGUCAUGCUGGUGGUCAUCUGCCUGCUGGUGGCCUACAUCACCGAGAACCUCAUGCGCCCGGCCCUCGCGCGCCCCGGCCUGCGCAGACACCCCUGAAGCGCGAGGCCGCCCGCCCGAGCGCGCCGGAGCUCCCAGGUUCCCCGCCCGCUCUCCUGUCCUCGUUCCUGCCGCCUCCUUGAGAUCCCUGCAGAGGAGGGCCUGCCGGCGACGACCGCAGCACCUUGGCAUCAUCGCGCGCCCAGACUCCGGCACUCCGGCUCCAGAUUGCCCCGUGGGCCUGCGCUGCGGUGCCCGCCGCAUCCAGAGGCCUUCAUGGAGGCGGCCAGGGCAUGGCGCCCCUUCCAGCAAGAGCCAUGGACACUCCGGAUCACCCCGCACCUCCAUCCUGUGCCAAAUUGUCCGAGACGGACCGUCGCCAUUGCUCGGUCACUGUGUGCUUUGCAGGCCCGGGGCGUAGCCCUCGGAGCCUGUGCUCCCCGCCCCACCCCACCGGGCUUAGGUUAGCUUCGUGCCUUAGUAUCUCGGGCCCACCGCAGGAGCCAGCACCCGCUGCUGCCCAAGGGGGUCUGUGGCCCUGAGAUUGGCCGGCCCCUCCAUGCAUCUGGCCUGCGUCCCCUCAGAGACACCCCCCUUCCAGCGUUGCGGAAGCAUGAGGUGAGGGCCUGCAGCGCUCUGUCCCGUUGAGGGUGUUCGACGAGCCGGGAGCCGUGGCGUGGGAAGACCUGGCCCACGUUCCCCGGGGUGAGUGUCCGCUGACCGGGGGCGGCUGGUGGUUCUCCAGGGCCAGGCGCCUUUUUCCUUUUCCGCGUGCGGCCUCUGACUAGGGCCUCCUGUGGGAAUGGGGAUCGACGGCCGCCGUCAGCACAGGUCCCAGUGCAGAACGUUAGGUACCAGCCUCGAGCAGCCCGGCCUUCCACCGCUGCCUGGAUCCCAAGCCUCAGCUGACCCAGGCAGCCUCGGCGGCCAUGGUGUGACCGACAGCACCACGCCCAGGGCUCGAGAGCCAGGAUCUGGCCUGGGCAAUGCUGCCCGCCGUGGAAGCAAAGCUGACCCUGCCCACCUGCUGCAUACCCGUGUCUCUGGCCAAGGUUGCUUUCUAUGACGCCCGCUGGUGACGUUGGACACUGUGAGGGGUAUGGCACAGCCCUCCCCUCCUGGAGACCCUGGCUCUGACCACCUGGACUUGACCUGGCCCCUCCUGGUCACUGUGGCCAAACACCCACUCUCACCCCAGCCACCCCCGGCCCCGGCUGGUGUCCCGUGACACCUGCAGCCCACCUCUGUCUUUGCUGAGCCACCCACCCCUGCGUGGCGCUGGUCAGGUGCAAACCUGGCAUCAGUGUCUAAAUGUCCAUCAUCCUCAGA